CACGCGCCCGCAUGCAUUAAACCCAGACACCGGCCGGGCAGGGCUUCCCUUCCGGAUUCCCUGCGCGUCCCCGCCGCCGCUGCUGAAUUGCUGCUGACUCCCAUCAUGAUUUUCUUGCUGGCUUUCUUUGCCAGCAUCUUCCAGACAGCUUUUACAGGGGUGAACGAACGCACUUUCCUUGCCAUCAAGCCAGAUGGGGUACAGCGACAUCUGGUUGGCGAGAUCAUCCGGCGCUUUGAGAAGAAGGGCUUCAAGCUGGUGGCGAUGAAGCUCAUGCAGGCUUCGGAAGAGUUGCUGAAAGAACAUUACAUCUCCCUCCGUGAGCGUCCUUUCUUCAACCGCUUGGUGAAAUUCAUGAGUUCGGGACCGAUUGUAGCCAUGGUUUGGCAAGGACAGGAGGUCGUCAAAAUGGCACGCACGAUGAUUGGCGAAACGAACCCAGCCGAUUCCAAACCUGGAACCAUCCGAGGAGAUUUCUGCAUCGAAGUGGACAAGAACGUGAUUCACGGCAGUGAUUCGGUGGAGACUGCUCAGCGAGAAAUUGCACUCUGGUUCCGUUCCGAGGAGCUGAUCUGUUCUUCGAAAGAUAGCAGAGAGCACUGGAUUUAUGAAUAACCAUUAAAAAUAAUUUCUUGGGGUUCCCCCCCCCCCAGACUUCCCCAUCUGGGAAUCUUCUGAAUGUAUUGCACACUGACUCACGUCAAAAAUACAACAUUGGUUGAGAAAACCUGUUCAUGUUAGAAUAAUAUCUGCGAGCUACGAAAGCACAAAUACGCACAAGUCUUCCAAUCAGAUAUUAAUUCUUCAAAUGUCCCUCUUACAUUAUUAAGCUUUUUUUCUCCCAGUUUCUUAUUUGGCUCGUUUCAUUGCUUGAGCUGUCUGGACAAAGCUGGGGAAAUGUUUCUUUAACCUUUCGUCUUAAUUCUCCAAAAAAUUCGCUCCAAGAUAAAAAGAGAGCAAUGUGUAGCUUAUGUUUGACUACCGAGCAAUGAAAUAACUUGUUCCCAGUUCACUGGAGGCAGAGGGAACAAAACCUUAUGAUCGGUUUCUGGGAGGUGUUUCUCCCCCUCCUCCCCAGUUUAAAUGCUUAAAAACUAAUCUCAUUCUCUUUAGGGGACAAGAAUGGUUGAAAAGGCAGAAUUUCGGGCACUGUAGUGUGAUUUUUCCACCUGUGUAAAGUUAGUUAUUAAUACUUCAGAAUCAGAAGAAUUCAUUUUUAAUGCUAUGCUCCUGAGAUUGCAAAAAAAUGUAUAGAACAGGAAACAAAUGAAUGCCUGCUUAAAAGUGAGAGAUCUGCAAGAUUUAUAGAUUUUUAUGCUAUUAAGUUACCAACUGAAAUGCUGGAACGAGACGCACAGCUAAUAUUUGCAAAUAUUUUCCGAGGAUAUUUGUUUGUCUGUACAAGCUUAUUGUUUUUCAACACUGCAUUUUUGUUUUGUAAAAUAAAACAUGGGAAAGGUACCCGU